AUGAGAGUGAUCAAAGUCUCUUCCUUUCUAAGAGCGGGCUCCCAAUUCCUCGACGUCAUGGAAGAACUGUUCAGCAAGUCCUCCCUCCGCUCCUACUUCGCCGAGUUCGUCUCCACCUUCAUCUUCGUCUUCGCCGGCUUGGGCUCAUCGAUCUCCGCCGGCAUGUCAGCGACUCCCACAGCAGGCACCGCUGGCGAGAAUUGCCACACCCUUGCGGUGGCUGUAGCGCAUGCUUUUGCCCUGUUCGCGGCGGUGUUCGCGUCGGCGCACAUCUCCGGCGGCCACGUCAACCCGGCAGUCACGAUCGGGAUGGUGAUGGGAGGUCACGUCAGGAUUUUGAGCGGAGUUUGCUUCUGCUUGGCUCAGCUCUUGGGUUCCACCGCAGCUUGUAUCCUCUUGAUGCUCCUCACCGCCGGCCAGGCGAUACCGACGGGCAGGUUAGCUCCGCAUGUGACGGGCAUGGGCGGUGCGGCGACGGAGUUCAUAGGGACGUUUGCUCUCGUCUACACAGCCUGCGCCGCGAGAGACCCGAGAAAGGGACCGCACGGGAUAGCAAGCCCCACGGCGAUCGGGUUCGUGUAUGGAGCGAACUUCAUGCUGACCGGGCCGUUUGCCGGAGGGUUCAUGAACCCGGCUCGGUCUUUUGGGCCGGCGGCAGUCACGGGAGACUUCAGGGACCACUGGGUUCAUUGGGUCGGGCCCAUUGCAGGAGGCGGAGUGGCCGGGUUGGUCUACGAGAUCUUCAUGUCGCAGGGCAGCGUCAAUGACCGCGCUAGGGAUCAAGCCGAUGUCGUUUAAGGGUUUUUCAGAUUUUAGAUUGCUGAAGGAGGCUAAAUCUUUCGAUUCUUUGAUUUUCCUUUUUAAAACUUCAUUGCUACGAAUACAUGACUAGGCCUCUGUUAAUCACGACGGUUA